CUCAGCUGGUGCUCCCAGCACGACAUAUGGAUCGACCACAGGCUGUCUGUCGUCCCAGACACUGACCAUGGCGGCUUGCGUGUGUUCAAUGACUCGACAAUGCCUAUAGACAGCCAUACGACCUUGGUCACCAUACCGAAGGCCACUGUGCUCUCGGCUCGGUCCUGUGCGCUUGCAGACGCCAUCCCCAUCGUUCCAUAUGGUCAUGCUGCCCGGCUAGCAUUGUCGCUGGCACUCUAUGGCGAGCAGGCUCUUAGAAAAACGCUCGAGGUGGUACGGCUAUCUUCAGUCGCUCCCACAGCACACGGUGCCCAUCGCGUUGUUGUGGGGGAUAGACGAAGUGUGGACCGAUCAGGGGCAAGAAGCACUUGACGAUGCCUGCCGAGCUGCAGCCCUGACCGCCGGCACG